AUGAGUGAAGAGAAGAGCCUAGCAUCUGCAUCUAAGUCAAUCACAAAGAAACCUUGCUCUUGGAAAUAGAUGUUCCGAAAGAAGAAUUAUGAAGAGCAAAAGAAGAGGGAAGAAUUAAGAAAGUUAGGAGAAGAAAUAGCCAAAACCGAAGAAUUUCUCCAAAAUGCUUGGACUCUAGUUGCUAAAGUCUUAAAUAGCAAAUCUCUUAUAACAUAAUUGAAGUGA